AUGAUCGCCGAGAUAUUCCCUAACGUAUUUUUGGGCGACUUCGCUUCAGCAGCUGAUGCAGCGCGGCUUCGCUCUCUCGGCAUCUCGUCGGUUCUGUCCUGCGGGCACCUGCACCUGCCCUGGUGCUCGGACUGUCGACUCUGCGCCUCCUGCUCCUCAACUCGUUCUUCUUCCUCGCCCGACUGUUCCCUUCUCUGCGCAGACGGCGCGCCCUUCUGUUUGCUGCGCGGCGCGGAGGCCUCUUUGGCGACUGCGCAUCGAGACUCCCUCACAGGACAGCGACACCACACGCGCGCGACUCGCGCUCUAGACGAGUCCGACGCGUCGCUGAGACAAGCUGACGCUGGACUGGCCGAGCGCGCUUCAGCGACCUCCAACUCAAGUGGUAGGAGCCGCACAUGUUUCGUUCGCCAAGAGGACAGCUUCGAAGGCAACCGCGAAGAAGCGGCCGCAGGCGAGGUCUGCGAAGCUCAAAGCGAGUUCUAUCCCACCCCUCAACAGGCGCAUGCGGAUUCCAUUGAGCAUCUGCUGCUGAGCCUGGAGGAUAGAGAAGACGAGGUGCUUCUUCCUUUCCUGCCGCUCGCCAUCCACUUCAUUCGCGCCGCGCUGCAACCUCGACUUCGCGCGCCGGUGCGGCGCGAGUCGCAGCUCCAACUAGAAAACAAAACAUCCGACAACAUCUGCACUUCUCUUGGCGCGCGAGAGCGGCACAUACAAGAGGGAGAGUGCAACGCCGACACGGCGAAGGAAAACGCGACGGCCGCCGAGGAAAUUGUCGAGCGAGGAGCUGCGGAGACCCGUGCGCUCGGCCGCGUUCUGAUUCACUGCCACGAAGGCAUUUCGCGGAGUUCUGCCGUCGCUGUCGCCUUUCUGCUCGCCACCGCAGCGACAGGGGGACAAAAGGAGGGUUAUUUAAAAGGCGAGUCUGCCGACAGUUCGGGGGAAGUUUCAGAACUUCCUUCUGUCGAGGCGAUCCUCGCGCGCGUGUGCGCAGUCUACCCUGCGGCCUGCCCGAACUCCUCCUUUCGCGCGCAGCUCAGCCUCUUCGCGCGGCUUCGCUGCUCUCUGCAGGGAAACACGCCUGAGCAUCGCGCGGUGCGUCUUGCCCUAGUCGGCCGCAAAAGGCUCGGAGGCGGCGACGCGCGCAGCUUGCUGCUCUCUCAAGGUGGAGACACGCGCGCGGAGGCGGGGAUUCGGCGGAAACAGGAGCAACGCGUCGCGCGCAAAAUGCAUCGGAUGGAUGGAGAGGCUGCCGCGCAGCCUGCGGUAGGCGCGGAAACAGAAAUCACACUGGAGCCGCGCGAAGGCGGAGAGGCAGAAAGUUCUCGAGCUCCCGAGGGGGCAGACGGCUGCCAUCAGGCGCGUUGCAUGUACGCCUGCAGGCUCUGUCGCCGAGUCCUCUUUGCCGAUGAGCACAUCGUCGCCCAUAAUCGCACUGAUAAGGCAGCCACGAAGGGAAUCCCACUUCCCUCGCAGCAGAAGGCCUGCAACAUGGUCUUCGUGGAGCCGAUGGACUGGAUGGAGAGCGUUCGGGAGAUCUCGGGAAAAAUCAUCUGCCCGACGGAGCGAUGCAAGGCGAAGUUGGGCGUGUGGAGUUGGCACGGCCUGCCCUGCAACUGCGGCACGUGGCAGAGUCCGGCCUUUCAAAUCCAGCUUCGCCGAGUCGACAAACUGCCUCGCGACGCAGGGGCGGAUGACUUGCAGAUUCAAGGCAUUCUAUGA